GCACUGCCUGUGUUGAUUUGGUGACGUAAAUCGACGUCGAAGCUGUCAUUUGAAAUGGAAGAUAAUUCCGAACAAAGCCGGGCAUUAUUUAAGCGAUUUUACUACAAUGGUAGUUCCGUGUUGCCAGAGAUUCUUGGUUUUGUUUUGAAAAUACGCCUAUAUUUGUGACGCUUAUAGUACGAGGGAGAUUCUCGAUCAAGUACACUUAGAGCCUGUCAAAGUCGCCGUUUAGAGCCACCAGAGAAUUAGCCGCUCUAUUCUUCGUUUUCUUUGAACAAGAAUUUCACGACAGUGGAUUUCAGCUUUUAAUAUGACAGAGUGAAUUUCAUCUUUACAUAUGACAGGAAAAACCACGUUUUACAGAAGGAUGAUGAAAGUUAUUUUUGUGCUGAUCGUACUUUUACUUCGGAUUGAGCUGGCAAAGGUCAAAUCACAAGGAGUUAUUGAUGAUCAAGGAAAAUUGACUGGAUAUUCAUGUGAAAAAACACAGCCUGUUACUGAGAAAUUAACUACAGAUGAGCUUUGGCUCAAGUCUGCACAGCUUAUUGCAUUUUGUAUUGAUGAGUUCGGUACAUCUCCAGAUGGUCUAGACCAAUUAUGCCUUACUGGCAACUGCACAUCGUGCCUUAAAGUUUGUUCGAUGAAGAAGUACAAAGAUGAAAAUAGCUGUUGGGGGCAAUGUGGUCCAACAAGUGUAGCCGCCUGCAAAGCUGGUUGCAGCUUUUACUUAAAAAUUAAUGGAUAUAACACUUCGGGUACAGUGAACGUCUCUAUGGAAAAUGCCACGAGCACUGCUUUGGAUACAAGUAUCAAAAACACAAAUUACACAUAUAUGGAUGUGGCUUGGAGUAAGCAGAAAUCGACCUCUACCAUCGUUUAUGUUAUAUUUUCACGAAUUCAUUAUCCUGACAGGGGUGAAGUCGGAAAGUUCAUCCCGAUAAAUAUGGCUUUGACAAACAAAACAAGAAUAACGUCUGGCAAAAUAUGCAAAUAUUUUUUUCGGGAAUACCUUCAUCGUGUCAUCCAAUUUUCGUAUAAAGUGAUACCAGUGUCAAAGGAUGGUUUCAACGAAGCUCCAUCUACUAUCAGCACUGUUAGCUUCAAGCCAAAAGGUUUCAAGCAGGCCGACUUCAUUGACAAAGUAACUGUAAUCUCGCCAACUCUGAAAGAAGGAACAAAAGGAUUUACAAUUGAUUAUAAAGUAAACUGGACCGUUAAUCGAGAUUUGUUCCCUUUUGUUACCGGAAUUCAGGUCAGCGAUCAUAUUUCAGAAAACUGCAGCUCAGGUUCUAUUCAUCAUCCAGUAACUGUCGAUAAGAAUGUUUAUACCAACGACCAGCCUGUGUCCUUGAAAGAUUCAAGACGUCGUGACUGUGUUUUUGAAUUCAGGGUUGUGCCAAUCACUAAUUGCUUGGAAGGAGUCACAAAGAGAACAUUUGUGUAUUAUCCAGGUUGUGAAAUUUUUCCCAACGCUCCUGCCGAUUGUUUGCCAACGAAAAGGCCAAUCACUCUGCCUCCUGCAAACUCUAUCAUUUUAAAGGAAGUCUUUAUAUGCACCAGCAAGACGAAUUGCAGUGAAAGUGGAAAUUCUACAUGCAACACGUGCAAUAGCGGCGUUUACAACGUAACAGUGAAAUUGGACAUUCAGAACAAGGAUAAUUUGAGUGUUACCAAUAUCCAUUGCUGGCUAUCUGCUGUUACAAAGUUUCCAUUUUCUGAAGUUUACUUCCCCUUAUUAAAAAAGGAGAUACUUUUACCGUCUCAAACGGAAUAUACACUUCAAAACCUUGAUGUCGACACUGAUUAUUUUUUCAAGGUUUUCGCAGAAACUCCUGGCGUAGUGAUUCCACUUCCUUCAGAAGAACCAGGGCUCAGAUUCAAAACGAAAGGCAUUCCCCUUCCAUUGACAACUAUGACACCAGUUGUAACCACAUCACAUAAAAAAUCAUCAACGACAAAGAAAGACGGCACAAGUACUUCUCCUUCUCCUUUUGAAGAAAUAACUGCAGCUACGAAGAAAGGUGAUAACGAUAGUACCGGCUUAACUCUUGGUCUAGCUCUAUCCUUGUCAAUAUUGGCUAUCUUUGUAUUGCUUCUGCUGCUGUAUCAAGUGAGAAGACAUCGCUCAAAAACAAAGCGCAUGAAUCUUAACAGCUUCGAGCCAGUUUCUUAUCAAACAAAUCCUGGUGAUAGCUGGGAACUCUGCCUGGAGGACAUUGUAUUUGGAGAGGCACUCGGUGAGGGUGCAUUUGGCAAAGUCUACGUUGCAACUGUCUCUGGUAUUCGAAUGCAGUUUCCUUCAAUAAGCUGCGAGACACUUAACAGCUAUGUCAAGAUGGGUGGGUCCUCAAAUAAUAUCAGAAACAGCAGCAUUACGGUCAAGGCCGCUGUCAAGGUUUUGCAAGAUGGCUACAACCAGCAACAAAAGUUUGAGUUCUUGGAAGAAAUAAAAUUGAUGAAAGAUGUCGGCCAACACAAGAAUAUUGUAAACAUGUUAGGGUGUGUGACGCUGGGAUCCCCGCUGUGUCUUGUGCUUGAAUAUAUGCCACAUGGUGAUCUGUUGCAUUAUUUGAGAAGGAGCCGAACCGAGAUUCUGGAUCAAAAUGCUUAUAGCAACCAUCUUUUAUGUAUGCCAAAAUAUAUCCAUUGUGAUCCUUCUCAAACAAAGUCAACUGAGUACUUAAUGCCUCCUCUUUCGACAUCAAAUGAUGGUGCUGCUCAAAAGGAUAUGGAUAUUGAGGAAACUGGAGGUCAAAGGUCGCAGGACAAAGGUGGAGUGUCAUCAGAAGACCUUUUACGCUUUAGCUGGCAAAUAGCAUCUGGAAUGGAAUAUUUGACGAAGAAAGGCUUUGUUCAUCGCGACUUGGCAGCAAGAAACGUUUUAGUCGGGCCAAACAAAUCUUGCAAAGUAUCUGACUUUGGGUUGACUCGUUUUGUAUACGAGGAGAAAGUUUACAUGGGGAGAAGAAGUCGCAAAUUGCCCUUGAAAUGGAUGUCAAUCGAAGCCAUUAUGGACCAGUGUUUCACCGCUCUUUCGGAUGUAUGGUCAUUUGGAGUGCUCCUUUUCGAAAUUGUGACGUUAGGUGGAACACCUUAUCCAACUAUGACUGGUCAGGAAUUGCUCCGUUUUCUUCGAGCUGGGAAUCGAAUGGAGAAACCUGAAAACUGUUCAAAUGAAAUAUAUGCCGUCAUGAAGGCUUGCUGGCUGACUGACCCACAACAACGACCUACUUUUACGGAUAUAAAAGAAAGAUUUGAAACCCUUAUUUCAGAAGGAACACCCUACGUCGAAUUUGAUAUCGACAACAAGCAGCCAUAUUAUAAUGUUCCAUCAUUUGUCAGCCUCGAAGAAUCGACAGGAGAUUCGCUUUCAGAUGAUGCAGAUGAAGAGGAAGCUGACUGGGAGUAUCGUUUCGGGUCCAUACAUGGACGAGCUAAUUCAGAUAUGUCUGCAAAUAGAAGAUACACCAACAGGGAGGGUGUUGACUUCCAUGCUCUGGACGCUAACGAAUUAGAAGGAGCAGGGUUCAGGCAACCAAUCGAUAGUGUCGGCAGCGAGGCCUCAACAACACCUCUAGCAGAUGGUAUCCUGCAUAGCAAGGUGGAGUCAGUUGAUGAAAAUAUACUUCAAUCAAACGGCGAUGCUGGACUUAAAAAAGAACGAUCCUACCAAUGGGAGACCGACGAUAGUUUGAAACAUAACGGUGUACCGCAGACUCCUGUGCUUGAUGAUCAGCAGAGAAAGCCGUUUGUUGUUGGUCAUUACGUCAACAUUGAGCCUACUGUUUGAUUGCCUGCAAUGAUAUUCCCUAUAACUGGUAACCAUUGUGAGGCAACUGAACUCGUUUUCAACCAGAUUAAAGGUUUCAGGCCACGUGAGAGUGACCGUCUGCUGGAGGAACACGUUUUGCUUUUCGAAGUGCAGUGUAGAGAGAUCGCAUGAAAGUUCGCAAGCAUGCUGAAACUGGCUCUAUGUUGGUUUGUUACCAAAGGGAGAGCGAAAUGUUGAUUUGAUAACAAGAAUAACCCGCUUUAUCAAAAGCUCUUUUUACAGUGAUUUUCACAAAGGUCUUUGUUUCCCUGAAUUAUUUUGUUACGUGUGUUAUUUAAUGCUUUCCUCUGGCUGAAGCGCCUUCGAUAUGUUGACAUUGACAACUCUACCAUUUUGUACAUUGAAUUAGAUUAACUUUGAGGUAGGGAAGGGGCACACCAUAAAUUUUUUUUCAAGAAUACCCUCCGAACAUCAUACCAUUAACGAUUUAUUUAACGAAGAAAACGUUUAAUUAAAUUGGUCGUCGAAAUAUUUCUGCGACCACUUUCGACAAUACUUAAAAUUGAAUGAAUGCUUUUCAACAGCAACCCCCUUAUUUAUUUAACCCUUAUGUGUUCAAUCUCGGACUUGUUUUAACGCCCCCCCCCCCCUUCCUUACGUUUGCAAUCAACAUAACGAAUAGAUAGCUUUGUAUUACAAGAUCCAUUCAUACCAAAUAUACUCGUGAUUGCGAAAGCAUGUUAAUCACCUUAGCUUAAACACUCAUUUAUCGUUUAACUUGUCUCUAAUUGUUUACGUUGGUAAAAAAGUAUCUUAAUUAAUUAGUAUUUCUUUUAUUCAAUAAUAUUUUUAAAAAUAGCUUUGAAGAAAGCAAACCUUUCGCCUUAGGAUCCAUUUUUAACAUUCUCAAUAGGCAAGCGGCACUGAUUGGGCAACCUCAACAGUCAUGUGCUCGCAUUUCUGAUUGGCCUAUUUCGAUGCAAAACUGGGUUUAUAUAUCUCCUAGCGUAGAAUUUUCGAUUUAUGUUCUGACAUUUUAUACACUGAAAAGUGUCAGAUGAAAAGCUUUAGUAUCCUCAAAUGUUUGCUUUUUUCAAAGUCACUUUUACGUUUUGUACCACCAAAAGAUUGUUUGAAUAAUAUUUUUGUGCUCGUUGAAGGAGUGGGCUUACCUUGGUAUCCAGAUUAAGGUCCAUUUCCUCUUAUGUAUGCGUAUUUCUUUUUUAAGAUAUCGGGGCCGUCCCCUACAUAUUCUAUAUAGUCUUGGAAUAGUUAAUCGUAGUUUGAUCAAGUUUUGAUCUUGUUUUCGUUUAUCAGAAAAACGUAAAUGCGUGCAUGUACUCUAGCUAUUGGUUACUUUUAGUUUUGGUUUACUACACUUUUUAGAUUCACAUGUCACCAGCGAAUGAAUCAGUAUACAUCCCCUAUAGACGAUAACGACAUUAUGUAAAAUUGCAAGCAUGUAAUAUGAAUACAAUUCAGAUAUCAAAUUAACGAUCACAGGAAAGUUA